AUGGGAUGCGCGCUGUCAAGCGCCGACUUAUCUGGAGAUGGACUUCGCAUCAAAGUGAUCAAAGAAAUCGCUAAAGGAGGCUUCAGCCAAGUCCGCUCCGACGAUUUUUGACCUUCAAAACAAAGUUUUUAGGUGCUCAGGUGCGAAGACAUGGACAGCGGCGACGCUUACGCAGUCAAGAAAAUAAUUGUCAACUCUGAUGAAGAAGAAAUUCGCGUCCACGAAGAGGUUCAGUCUUAAUCGAUUACUGAAAAAUAGUUCUGGCAGUCUAGGAUGCUAUGCAAAUUCUCACGAUCCAAAGAAAAUCAUUCCAGCGUCGUUUGCAAAGCCUCCUCGUUGGAAGAUUUUGGGAGAGGAAGUAACUUUAAAGCUUCUGGUUGACCUUUCCAUUCACCCUCGGCUUUUACUAAUGGACAACUCUUGAGUUAGCUUUCAGCUUUUUGUAAUGAAAGCUAGUUAGUGUGCAAUUUUUUCUUGUCAUAGAUCAAAUGGGAGUGAAAUGUUCUGAAUCAUCUUCAACUUUUUUUUCUUUCCGUAUCUUUUUUUCUGAUUAUUGUUUGUUAUCUCACUUCAUCUAAAACCCGUAGCGCUCAUUUUUCGCAGGUCGAAGUCCACCGCUUACUCAACGGAGUCGAAAACGCAGUGCAGUUGCUGGGAAUUAUCAGCGGCGAUUCGACUUUUCACCUCGUGUUUCCCUACUACGACCGCGGCAAUCUGGCGGACGAGCUCGGCCGUCGUCGUGAGAACUCCGAGUGGCUUGACCAACUUCAGGCAAGGCUCCUAGAACGUCGUCUGAUUCAGAAAAGGAAGCUAAGUUCUAUCGUCAGCUGCCUUUCAGGUCCUGACGUACUUCGUGGAAGUGUGUUCCGUGGUGGAGUUUCUUCACGCCAAGAGCAUAGCUCAUCGCGAUCUCAAGACCGCCAACAUUCUAAUUGGCGAUGACGGCCGCGGCCUUCUGACAGACUUCGGUUCUUGUGGAAGGUUGUCGAAAGUCAAGUCAGUCAAUUGGUGAACUUUUUCAGAGUCCCUAGACUUGUCGAGAACUCUCGACAACACCAGGAAUAUCUGGACGAGGCGGCCGAGCUCUGCAGUAUGCCCUAUCGCGCUCCAGAACUGUUCACCUGCGAGGUUGGCUCCAUGAUCACAGACCGUGUCGACAUCUGGGUAAUUGCACGACGAAAAUCGAAAAUGACCGACGUUCAGUCGCUCGGAUGUUGUCUCUACGCCCUCUGCUUCUUCGUCUCGCCCUUCGACCUCACCUACGAGAAAGGCAACAGCAUCGCUCUCGCCGUCCAAAGUCCGCAGAUGAUCCCUUAUCCCAAGGAAGCGCCGUCAGUAUUUUCUCAACUUUCCUAUAAAAAAAAUAUGGGUUGAAACUAUCGAGAAGUAAGACUUGAAAUUUACUGGGGCAGCGAGAAAUAUUUUAUUCGAAAUUUGAGCUUCAAAUUAUGAGAUCAGUUGAAAUUUUUUUAAUUAAGAAGAUUUUAUCAAAUCAUCGUUAUAUUUAUAGUAAAUUUUACUUCAACGUUUUCACUCAGCUUCAUAUCCAUACUACAAUUUUCUACAAGAAAUUCGCUUUCAGACAAAUCAUAUAUUUUUUUCAUUUAAUUCGUAGGUAUAACGAAGAAGUUAUGGACCUGAUAAAGUGGAUGCUGGCCGUAGAGUCUGAACAACGUCCCUCGGCUCGGGAAGUGAUGAUUCGCAGCCGCGAACUCCAGAUGCGCCUCCAGAACGUCAAGGCUUCGGAGAGCUCUGAAAGUCUGCAGAGCACCGUCGUCAUUACCUGAUAUUCUCUUCUUUUCCAGCCUUUCCUAUUUAUAAUUGAUUUCACUGUACUAUGUUCUAUUGAACUAAUCUUCCUGUACAAUGAUUUUCAUUUCUUCUCUAACUAUUUAGAGCUCAUCUCACAACCAUAUCAUGAUACUCAAGAGACUGUUUAUGUAUAAAUUUUCUUGUAAUAUGAAAAUAUUUUUGACCUUCAUGCUUUAUCUGAUAACCUAGGUGCGGUGAUUAUUUGUUAUUUCUGGUCUACAACUAACAGUGAACUUCUCCCGAUGUGAUCGACAUAUUUGUCUUAAUUCUAUCAAUUAUAAAUAUUUCACUUGUCUUUUGAAACUAUUCUAUUCGAAAAGAACAUAAACGGAAGAGGAAAAGAGAGGUUCGAUGCGUCCUUGUAACCCGGAGCUAGCGUGGCAGGAAACGUCAGAGAUAGCGCCGCGUUUUGUGCUCAUUGGUUCCUGAUUACGAAGGUCCCCAUUCUUUUCUAGUUUAUUCUGUUCUCCUAAACAUGGGAUGCCGAGGGUUUUGUCAACAAGGUUGCUUUUCAAAAGUAGUUUGAAACAUAGGCGACAAUUUGAAAAGCUACUGGGUCCACUUGAAAUGGGUCUUCGUUUGAUCUCAAAAAAAAAAGAGAAAAAUUAUUAUACAGAUGAACUUGAAUUUAUUUUAAAUCGUAUCACGUUGGUCUUAAAAAUAACACGAAUUUGAUGCCACACAUACUUUUUGGACUAUAGUUGGGAUCUUGAGUGUUUUAUUCAUCGAUUGAAUUUCGCAAAACAAGAUUCGACUUUCGAUUUUAAAUCGCUCCAAUUAUUGAAAUGAGUUAUUCAAAAAACGCGACGAACUGUUUUCGCUGUGCAAGGCGUUUUCUAUCAGUCCGACAUUUAUAAGAAAACAGAAUGAAACGGAAACUAAUUUCUUUGAUUGAGAUCCUGCAGUUUUUUUUUAAACUUUUUUUUUGAAACUUUUAUUCAGUCUUCAGAGAAGGUACUCUGCUGAAUCAUGGAAUAAUUGAAGAGUUGUUCGUCGGUUGCGAAACUGCCGUUGAUCAAGAGUAGACGGCGCGUAGAGCAUCUCGCUCUUCUUGUGAAAGUAGUAGACGGUUUUCGAGCGUUUCCGACGAUCUUUUUUUAAAAUUAUUCAAGAAAUUUUUUUUUUAAUUAUUCAAGAAUUAUUACACGAAAAGUAGAUUCUUGAACGACAGUCUCUUUGCUUUUGGCUCAGUUUAAACUGAGCGGAGUAUAUUCUAUUGUGUUCUCACUGACCAUCUGUUACAGAAUCGGUUCCUGAUCAAAUGAUUCGGGUCACAAAGUACUCUCCAAAGUUCGCCUCGAAGAAGCUCUUUGUUCGUUAUCAGGUCCUUCUUUUUUGACAAGAUUCCUUUUUCAGCAGUUUGGCUGAUAAGCUCCACGCGGUCGAUAUCAACACGCCCCUGCUCCGAGCGAAGUUUCCGUAUAAGAGGAGCUCGAUUCGAAGGAGAAGAGUCAGUCCUGAGACGAGAAUGCUGUCCAAGGUCGCAGUUCUUCUGUCGGUGGUCGCCGCCGUCUCGGCCUGCGCCGCGCCCAACGGAACCGACAAGGCCAUGCACUGGUGGCAAUGCAACGCCGGCCCCAUCACCUUCUACAACGCGACGCCUUUCGACUCGACCGGUUCGUAACUUUUCGACAGCCUCAGGUUAAAUCCAAAGACAACUUAUUGCUUGAUUAUUUCCUUUGAAUUAGUUUGUAGGACACGUAGAAAAUUCAAGAAAUAUCCCGUCAGAUUUAAGCAAGAGAUUAAAAUCAUCGUUCGCGGCAAAAUGAUUGUGUAAAAACUCUCGAGUUAUUAGUUGGGAUAUCAUGAAACUUCCAGGUUGAUGGCAAACCAGGUUUUAUCACCAGCGCGAAAAAAAAUGGUAUUUGUUAAGAAGCUUGAUAAGCGCCGAGAAUAUAAUGAUCGAAAUCUUAUCUUAUCUCAAGACUGUCUUGAGGGCUUCAAAUGAAAAAGGGAUGGAUAGAAAUCUUUCAAAACAUCAAAAGACGAAAUUGCAGGAACCAAAUACGAGUACCCGAUUCACCUGAGCCAGCCGAUCAUUGUCAAGGCGGACAUCCUCAAUCCCACACAUGUCUACACGAAGCCCGACCUGCGGAACACUGUCAACCUCUGGUCUCUCAGCAGCGUCGGCUCCUGCCACUGGAGCUCCCUCCCGACUCUCGGACUUCUGUGAGUUCGUCUACCUCGCUUUUCCGCCGAGUUUUUUUUGUUUGACAGCUUCUGAUUGAUCCGCAGGAGAGUUCAAAAAUAAGAAAUAGAUAUUUUGCAGGAAGGACUUGAGCGCUUGCGACCAAGGCGUCCCGUGUCCAGUGGAGACAGGCCGUCAGACGCUGCCGGUGCAGAUCGAUUUCACGCAGUUCCAGGCCAUCAUCAACCUGCUCAAGGACAACCAGCCCUACCAACUCGAGUACCUUCUGCACGACAGAAAGACCGGCGACGAUGCCUGUCUCAUGGUCCAGGCCUGGGCUUACCUCAAGUAA